AUAUUGUAGAUAUGUAAAAUGCCUGCCAUGUUGAUAUUUCGGGAUCAGCCCAGUGUGUAAAAAGAACAUUUUUUGGAAACAGCAUCGUCAAUCAAUUGUUUUCUUUUUUUUUUGUUAGCAAACAAAUGACAAAUUUGUCAAUAAAUAAAUUGUAAUAAUUUUGUAAAUAAUAAUCAACAAAAGUUGAAUGAAUAUUGUUUAUAAAAUUGUGUAAAUUCUUUAACAAUAAUCAUUGACAAUGGCGGGAAAAACAGAAUCAACAAAAGUUGGACAAAAAAAUCGUCUAAUAACUCGUUCAAUAACGACUACACGUCCUGUUGACAUGACAUUGAAUCUUGAUUGUGUUGAUGAGCCAUUGAGUGAGGCCCAGUUAACAUACUUGGGUAAAUCAAAAGAAAAUUAUGACAAAGUUCAGGCUAAAAUUGAUGAAAUGAUAAAAGAUCACAAUGCCCAAUUAAUUGCACAAUCUGGACCAGUAAGUGCUUAUCAAUAUUCUUUAAUUCAAGCAGCACAAGCAAAUAUUAUGAAGACGACUCAUAUGAUGAAUCAAAAUCAACAAAAAAAUCAACAAAUAACACUUAAUGUAUUGAAUAAUUCAACUGUACAACAAGGUAAUCUUCAACUUGUCAUGGAUCCACGAAAAGGUGUUAUACUGAGUAAUACUUCUCAAAAUACAAUUAACAAUAUGCAAAAUCAAUCUAAAAAUGUAUUAAUAUCACCGGCUGAUAGUAAUUCAUUUUCUCGUCCUACUCGUCAAAGUACACCAAGAAAUAAAGUACUUCAAGUACAUCAGCCAGAAAUAAUUGAAGAGCCAAUACUAUCACCAGCAGCACCAGCUGUUCGUGUUCGUGCUAAACCACCAAUGUCAACACCACCAAGUGGACCACCUCCUCAAAAAGCUAAACAACAAAUGAGACAACAACCAUCAUCAUUAUCAUCAGCAGUAGCAGCAGCAGUAGCAGCAGCAGCACAACAACACCAACAACAACCACCAUCAUCAUCACAAGUACAAGUAGCACCAGCAUCAUCAUCAAUAAAAAUUAAUAAUAGACCAACUGAACAAACAAGUAUUGGUGGAAUUGCAAUUGGUGUUAAAAGUUCAAUAAAUGAAGCAAUUGAAGAAGCUAAAAAAAAUCAACCUGAUGGUAGAGAAAUUGCAUUUAAUAAAGUUAAUGGUGGACGAACAUAUCCAUCAUUGGUUGUUGUUGCACGUCCUGGUUUACAUUCUAAAGAAAUUUCACCAUCAAUUGCAAGUAAAGAACGUGCUGAACUUGAUGCUAAAGUUAAAAAUGUAUUAAUGUUUUCAUCAACGCGUUUUGCUGAAUGGUUAAUACAACAGGGUCUUGUUAAAUCAGAACAAUAUUGUAAUCAACAUUCUGGUUAUCAGCCAAAAUUAAAACUUGGUAUGUAUAAUGAUGCUGGUACAUUUCCAUAUUCUGGUGGUUAUGUAUGGGUAUCAAGUUGUUGUGAGGAUCGUUUUGUAUCAGUAUUUUCUGGUUCAAUAUUUCAAGGAUCACCACAUUUACCAACUGUAUUACUUAAAUUAAUUUAUCAUUGGUCAUGUCAAACAAAUGUACAAAAUGUUAUAUCAUGGGUUAAAGUAUCAAAUGUAUAUGUUAAAAAUUUUUUUACAAAUUUACGUAGUAUUUGUACUGCUGCAAUAUGGGAUAAAAGUAAAUUAAUUGGUGGUAAAGGAAGAAGUAUACAAGUUGGUGUUAUAAGUCUUGGUACAACAUCACAAGAUGGUAAUUUACGUCAAGUUAAAGUUGAAGUACUUGGUAUAUUAAAUACUGAAACUGGACAAAUAAGAUUACGUGCUUGUGAUCCAGUACCAGAAGGUGAUAAAACUUAUCGUCGUCGUUUUAAUCAUAUAUUACAACCACUUAAAGAUUGGGUACAUAAAGAUUCAAAAAUAUUAACUGAUUAUACAGUUGAUAAAGCAACACUUAAUGAACUUGGUUUUAAUCAAGUUACACAAAUUGCAUAUGGUGAUCAAUCAGCACGUAAUGCACGUAGUAAUUUUGGAAUAAUGGAUUAUUUACGUAAAAUUGUACCACGUAUGUUUCAAAAUACAUUGAGUUUAUUAAAUCGUCAAAUGAUACAACAAUUUCUUGAUGAACUUGUAUGGCGUGAAACAUUUGGUGUAACAUCAUCAAGAGCAUUUCAAAGUAUCAUAACACAUAUUGCUGAACAAACACGUGCAUCUGUAUCUGAAAAUUUAUUAGAUCGUUUAGCUAAAAUAUCAGCAAAUCCAUUUUAUGAUUGGUCAUAUUCAAAAAAUUCAUCCACCACAAAAGAUUCAUCAUCACACAAUGAACAUCAACAACAACAACAACAACAAAUGUUACCAGUUAAACAAACAGUAUCAUCAACAUCAUCAGCAGCAGCAGCAUUUUUAAGUGGUAAUAAAAGAUCAAGAAAACGAACAGCAACAAAUAUAUCAACAACAGCAAGUCCUGAACCAGAAACAAAACGUACAAAAAGUCCUGAUUUAAAUUAUAACAAUCCAAAUGAUCAAACAUCACUUUUUAAAUUUUAUUAUGCAAUUUCUGAAGGUGAUAAAGCAACAACAUCUAAAAAUGAAAAACGUAAUGUUAAUUUUACAUGUUUUUUAUGUUCAUUUGUUAUGAAAUCAAAUACUGAAGUUAUGGAACAUAUGAUACGUCAUGUACCACCACGUGUACCAGGACAACCAGAUAUUCAUGUUUGUCGUUAUUGUUGUGCAGCAUUUUCAUCAAAACAUCAAAUGGUUAUUCAUGUUACUGAAGCACAUAGUACAUUUGGUAAUGGUGAUGGUGAUAUGGUUGUUUGUGGUAUAUGUGAACAUAAAUUUGCAAAUAGUAAUCUUCUUGUUGAACAUAUGUCAACAACACAUAUACCAUCUGAAAUGCCAUAUAGAUGUGAUUGUUGUGGUUAUCGUACAUCAUCACAUAAAGAUGUUAUUGAUCAUUUUUAUAAAGUACAUGAAAAAGGUGAAUAUUUACAAUGUCCAUAUUGUUUAAAAUUAAUGCAUUAUUAUAUUGAUAAUGGUUCACCAAUAUCAUCAAAUAUUCAUUCAUAUUUGGUACAUAUGCAACGUCAUAUUGUUAGAAGAGAAAAAGAACAUGGUGGUGGUAAUAAAUGUUCAAGAUGUUGUUUAUGGUUUAAUCAAACAAGUUCAUUAAAAACACAUAAACGUGAACUUCAUCAUGUAUGUGAUGCUCCAAAAAUAACACCACCACUUAUUAAUGAUAAAAAUAUUAUGAUAUCAAAAUCACGUCAUUCAUUAAGAGCUUUUAUGGAAAUGGAUUAUUCAACAACUGAAUUACCAAAUGAUCUUAAUAGAUGGCCAAAUGGUCCAAUAACAGUUAAUGCACGACAUUUAAAUUUACGUUGUCAAGAAUGUGAAGAAGAUAUUGAUGAACCUGAACAUUAUCCUGGUGAACAAAAAUGUGAACAAUGCCGUUAUGUAACAUGUUGCUGGCGUGCAUUUAAAGAACAUCAACAACAAGUUCAUAAUGAACGUCCAAUGACUAGUUUGGUUGUACCAUCACCAUUAAUAAAUAUACCACUUGAACGUAAAAUGCAUUGUGGCUGUGGUUUUUCAACAAAAGAUGGAAAUUUACUUGCUAAUCAUUUUGUCAAAUGUUCAAUUGGAAAAAUAUUAAAAGCUUCUGGUGAAAAACGUGGAUCAUCAGGAAUGCUUGAUAGUCUCGGUUUGGUACCAAAAACUUAUUAGUCAUUAUAUGUUCUUUUUAUUUUUUUUCACACGGACUAAAAAAACAACAGCUUGAUCUUCUUGAAUGUCGACGUAUUUUUCUCUUUUUUCUCUCUUGUUUUUUUAAUUUGUAUAAUAUAAUACUUAAAAUUUACUAAAUAUAAAAACAAAAAGAAAUAAACAUUUAUUAUCUGAUAUAUUUACCGAAAAAUAAGUAACAAUUUUAGUCAAUUUUUAAACCUGAAAACAUCUUUUUUUUUUUUAAAAUCAUUUUAAUGUACUUUAUUAGUAUGUGCAAUGUGUGAAUUUAAUUGAGAAUCAAUCAAGAUAUUAACGUCGAAAAGAAAAUUAAUUUGACAAAGGGAAAUCAUUUGUUUUUUAAUUAAAGGGAUGGUGUUAGAAUGGAAAAAAAAUAAUUAAAUAUUGAAUUUGAUCAAUAUUAAUUUGUAAUAAUUCAAAAUUUACAUGGAAUAUUUUACCAUUUUUUUUUUUGCACUUAAAUCUACUUAAAAUCUAAUAUCCAACAAUCCUACUAGAAUUUUUUUUUUUUUUUUUUGUAUUUUUUCAUAAAUUUUACAUUUUUUUUGUAUUUUUCAUAAAUUUUUUUCAUUUAAUAUUAAGUAUCUGUAUGGUUUAACACAGAGUAGCACUUACAAAUGUAAAUAUCGCUAUUAAUCGAUUGAGAAUUACUAUGAUUACCAUUAAUUCUAACAAAAUUAUAAUAACUAUUUGAUAAAGUUAAAUGACAAGAAUUUAUAAAUCAAAAACAGGGUUAAUAGUAGCAAAUAAUUAGAAGCAGAAAAAUUAUAAUAAUCAUCGGUUAAUGUAGUUUACAAUGGGGUAAAAAUUUUCUAACAACAAAUAAAAAUUACAAAGUAAUUGAUUACAUUGUAAUUUUUUAAACUAUAAAUACAUAACACUCUAUUGAGUGAAAAGAUAAUACUUAGAAUAAGUCAAAAUAAAAAUUCUCAAUCUGCCACGAAUUAAUAACGAUAUUUAAAUAAGUAAGAAUAUUAAAAAUAACUUGAUAAAUUCAAUGCGCAAUUGUUUUUUUUUUUUCGAAAUAAUAACCUUGAUAUAAUUGGCUUAAAAGAUGUUCAAGAAAAAAUGUGCAAGUUGAAUUAUCGAAGCCAUUUAAAAAUAGUGUGGAGAAACAGAUAUUUUUUUUUUUCAAAUCUUCUGUGAGCUUAUUAUCAUUUUGACAAUUGAUAUUAUAUUGUCACAAAGUGAAUUGUUAAUUGAAGCUUAUAAUAUUUACGAGCCCUACCUUUUGCAACUAAAUAUAUACUUUUUUUUUUUUUUUCAAUAUGUAUAUUUUGUUUUCGUAAAGUACUUAUUAAUCAUUCAAGUUUAAUGCAUAUUAUUUUCUUUGAUUAAUUAAUU